CAUGCAUAAUGGGCAAAUCGUCAUGAAAAUGCUAUUCUUGGCUCCUGCCAGAUGCUUAUGACCCCAAGAAUGCAGGUGUCGUCCUGGUGAUGAUGGCAUGUAGUCCUUAUCGGGCCGGUUUAUCAGUCACUCACGGUACAUGUUUUCCGUCAAUCAGCCCAACAAAAGUUGGCCGAAAGCAAAAUAAUCCCGCAUACUAUGCUGUCUACCAAUCGGCCCUGGGUAAUGAUCGGACUAUAUGCCGCGGAGUGAGGCCAGGAGCAGAGGGUACAAGGUUAUCGGAGGGAUGACGAGCAUAUUAAGAUCGCCGGUCGAAAAUGCUCUUGAUUGAACCAUUCAGGAGUUGAUUGCUUGGUCAAGUUCUCCAAAUCCUGCCGAAGCCAGUGAUUCGAGAUA